UGGUUUUUCCGGAAAUGAUAUUGAAACAGAUGAGGAAGACACGGAUGAAGAACAGCUGAUCCCGUGCAGCCCRAAAGUGGGAUUUCUUGGGAGGGGCAUGAAGGUUGGGUCCCUGGCUGAAACCUCUGCACAGUUCAUUAGAGAAUCACACAAAGCUGUGCAUGAUUUGGACUACAUCCACAGCAUGUGUGGAGGGGAUCUGAUUUUUCUUCCUCCAGGGUAUAAUGAGGCCUGUUAUCAUGCCAUCAAUCUGGCAAGGCCAUUUUUGGCGAUAGUGACCACAGGAAUGGGUGGUGAAUUCGAACGUCUCUGCAGGUCUCUAAAUAUCAUAAGCAAAGACGCUUCCAUGGCCAAGCAGAACUUUCCUCUGCUGUUCUAUGCAAAAGCAGGAACAGUAGAUGGUGAAGAAAUUUUAUCAAGAUACACCAGCAGUGGUCACUGCCAUGGUCUGGAUGUAUUUCUAUGCGUGCCAGACCAGAGUGAAGACCUGAGUCUUGUGAUUCAUGAAUAUGGUGCAGACUUCAAUGGCAUUUUGAAUGCCAUUGCCAAUUGUUCAACGACCCUGGACAACUACAGGGCAUUGAGGAACCAGCAAAGCCAGCACAGAGGAAAUGUAAUUCAAGUUGACUCUGAAGAAGAAGUAGGAGAUAGUGAGGUUCAGUUUGGAGGACUUGUCUCUCCUUCAUCAACAGGAGAUGAGUCAACAUUAAUUGAAGAAAAUGAUACUCCGCAAACAAGGGAAGGAAGGAUGGAAAAAGAAGACAAGGAGAAGAGGAAAAUGGAGGAAAGGAAAAAGAGGGAAAGGGAGGAAAGGGAGAAGAGGGAAAGGGAGGAAAUGGAGAAGAUAGAAAGGGAGGAAAGGGAGAUGAGGGAAAGGGAGGAAAGGGAGAAGAUAGAAAGGGAGGAGAGGGAGAAGAGGGAAAGGGAGGAGAGGGAGAAAAGAGAAAGGGAUGAGAGGGAGAAGAUAGAAAGGGAGGAGAGGGAGAAGAGGAAAAGGGAGGAGAGGGAGAAAAGAGAAAGGGAUGAGAGGGAGAAGAGAGAAAGGGAGGAAAGGGAGAAGAUAGAAAGGGAGGAGAGGGAGAAGAGGGAAAAAGAGGAGAGGGAGAAAAGAGAAAGGGAGGAAAGGGAGAAGAGGGAAAGGGAGGAAAUGGAGAAGAUAGAAAGGGAGGAAAGGGAGAUGAGGGAAAGGGAGGAAAGGGAGAAGAUAGAAAGGGAGGAGAGGGAGAAGAGGGAAAGGGAGGAGAGGGAGAAAAGAGAAAGGGAUGAGAGGGAGAAG